UUGGCCAAGUAGAAAUGGGAGCGUGUCCCAGCGAAAGGCAGCAUGAGGGAAGGUGUGACGCCAAGACUCAAGAGCCACUAGAAGAGAGCAGGGAGGAGGGGCGGAGAGAGCAGGGGCCUCGCGGAGGCGGUCACUGGCUCCGGCGGAGGAUUCAGAAUGGGAGACAAGCCUAUUUGGGAGCAGAUUGGAUCCAGUUUUGUACAACAUUACUACCGGAUAUUUGAUACAGACAGGACCCAUUUAGGAUCCCUAUAUAUUGAUGCAUCAUGCCUUACCUGGGAAGGGCAGCAAUGCCAGGGCAAAACAGCUAUAGUUGAAAAACUCUCCAGCCUUCCUUUUCAAAAAAUACAGCACAGCAUCACAUCACAAGACCAUCAGCCCACGCCUGACAGUUGUAUACUCAGUAUGGUUGUGGGACAACUUAAGGCUGACGAAGAUCCUAUCAUAGGAUUCCACCAGAUAUUUAUAUUAAAGAACAUCAAUGAUGCCUGGGUUUGCACCAAUGACAUGUUCAGGCUAGCACUGCACAACUACGGCUGAGCUGGUACCCCCAAGGCACCUGUGCUUUCUCUUUCUCCUCUCCUUUACUGAUAUAUUCACACUCACGGAACAUUCCAAAUAUCCUACACAAACCUGCAACACCGCAGUGAGCGAGCGAGCAAGAUCCAUGACCUGCCCUUCUGCCAAGUUUACGUUGUCACUAGAUGAGUUUCUUGUGCAUGAUGUUUGGAAGUUAGACUUAGCUGCAUUUGACAAGAGAAAUGUGUGUUGUACCAGCAUGCCUUGGAAAGAAUCCAUAAUGCAAAAGGUUGUCUCUUUAUGUACUGACCAGUUGCUCUAGUAACCCAAAGAAAUGAAAGGAAAGAACAGCGGCCUGUACAGCCCAGAUACUGAUUUGUUCAGAUGUCUCAAUGCUACAUUAUACAAUAAUAAAACCAUGAGAUUUUCUUAACAGUUUAAA